AUGUCCGAAAACAACAAUGUUGAAGACUGGCGAAAGGUCACAGGCAUUGGCACUGGUCAGAAAUGGGGCGCAACUACACAGCAGUCCACUGAUGGGCGCGCAUGGGGCAUUGCAAUCAGCCAGUCGGUCAACGAAAGCAAGCCGCCGCCUUCUAAAGGGUUGAAUGCAGCGGCUCCUUCGUUCACCCCUGGCAGCGUCAAGUCGAAGACGUAG